AUGCGUAUCUGGAUGACCUUUCAAUUGCAGGUUCUUUACGAGAGGAGCACAUGCGCCACGUACAAACACUUUGAUCGUUUAGCUCAACACGCAAUGACGAUUAAGGCAGAAAAGUGUUCGUUGGGUGUUGGUUCAGUCAACUUCCUCGGCCAUUGUGGCUCCUCUACAGGCGUCGUACCACUGCAGGAUAAAAUGCAUGCCAUCGUCGACUACCCCGAGCCUCACUAUUUCAACCAGUUCAGGCGUUUUGAUGGGCAUGUCAACUUUUACCGACGGUUCAUACCCAACUGCGCUUCGCUGAUGCAACCCCGCACGGACCUUCUCCGAUGGAAACUCAAGAAAUUCGUAUUUCCUGCCGCAGCACGCGCUGUUUUUAAGUCGCUAAAAGGGGCUAUUGCCAACAUAGUUUCUAUAGCGCAUCACGAUCUGCCCGCCCCACUGUUCCUCAGAACUGACGCUUCGGAAUUGGCAGUCGGCGCUGUUUUGCAGCAACGCGUAGCCGACACGUGGCAGCCCUUAGCGUUUCUCUCCAAAAUCCUAAAACCUACCGCACUUUGCUACGGCACGUUCGGUAGAGAACUACUAGCCGCAUAUCUGGCGAUACCUCACUUUCGACGCGUCCUAGAAGGCCGCCCCUUUGUCGUCUUCACUGACCACAAACCCUGA